GUCUAGAACCUUUAUGUUGGAUCAAAAUGGGAGUUGUAACAAGAUUGGUAGAAAAUGCUGGGUCCCAUUGACCACCUCACUCGACGCAGACGCACACCACCAUCCCUUUGUGUGUUUGCGUGGCCUACUAGCGCUACCAAAAGAGAGAGAGAGAGAGAGAGAGAGAGAGGAAAGCUAUGGAUCUCCCCUCGAUAGAGAAAGAUUGAAAGAAAGGAAGGAGGAGAAAAAAAAAAGAGAGAAAGACCCUCCUCAUCCGCCCUUUACUUAAACCACGCUCUUUCUUCCUCCAUUCCGCCCAGACGGCCAAUUCCCCAUAAAGAUACUUCGUGGGCGAUCAAUCCCUCCAUCCAUCCAUCGCUCGUGCUGGUCGAUCGAGCGAGCAAAGGGAAUUCCCCAUGGCGUCGGCCAAAUUCUUUGCGCUGGCGCUCCUCAGCUACGCAUUCCUGCUGCUCAUCGUCGCCACGCUGCUGCUCGCGGCGGUGCCGAGGAUUCACGUCCACAACUUCACGCCCCAGCGCCAGCGAUCGUCGGGGAUAGCGAGCGGCCACCAGGAACACAUGCGCCGGAAGCUCCUCGCCCACCAAGAACACUCUGUAGAGCAGGGGUCGAUGAGCAGCACGAUUUCCUCCAAAUCCUCGGCGGUUCCUUCCCAAUCCUCGACAAUUCCUGGAUUCCGCGCUAGCCUGGUGCGCCGAUCGUCGACCCACGCCGCCAAUUCCACCCGCGCCGAGCGAUUGCGCGACGCCGUCCACCGCAGCAAGGCCAGAGCCAAGGCCCUGGCCGAGAGGAUGAGCGAGAAGAUCACGCCCACCAAGCUUGAUUACCAGUCGCCAGUGGCGUCGAUCAGCGGCGCCUACACCAUGGAGAUCGAGCUGGGCAGCCCACCCAAGAAAUUCAACGCGAUCGUCGACACUGGCAGCGAUCUCGUGUGGAUCCAGUGCAAGCCGUGCUCGCAGUGCUACAGUCAGAGCGAUCCCAUCUACGAUCCAUCCGCCAGUUCCACCUUCGCCAAGACAUCGUGCUCCACAUCGAGCUGCCAGAGCCUCCCAGCGUCGGGCUGUAGCUCCUCCGCCAAGACGUGCAUCUAUGGCUACCAAUACGGCGAUUCCUCGAGCACGCAGGGCGAUUUCGCGCUGGAGACGCUGACGCUGCGAUCCAGCGGUGGCAGCUCCAAGGCAUUCCCGAAUUUCCAAUUCGGAUGUGGGCGAUUGAAUUCCGGCUCCUUCGGCGGUGCCGCUGGGAUCGUGGGGCUCGGCCAGGGCAAAAUCUCGCUCUCCACGCAGCUGGGAUCGGCGAUCAACAACAAAUUCUCCUACUGCCUCGUCGAUUUCGACGACGAUUCAUCCAAAACGAGCCCCCUGAUCUUCGGCUCUUCGGCAUCCACGGGCUCUGGCGCGAUCUCCACUCCAAUCAUCCCCAAUUCCGGGCGAUCGACGUACUACUUCGUGGGGCUGGAAGGCAUCAGCGUCGGCGGCAAGCAGCUCUCCCUGGCGACGCGCGCGAUCGACUUCCUGUCCGUGAGGAGCAAGAAGAAGCUGCGCGUCCGUGCCCUAGAGGUAAACUCCGGCGGUACCAUCUUUGACAGCGGUACGACGCUGACGCUACUGGACGACGCGGUCUACUCCAAGGUCAAAUCGGCGUUUGCCAGCUCAGUGUCGCUCCCCACCGUCGAUGCCUCCAGCUCGGGCUUUGACCUCUGCUAUGACGUGUCCAAGAGUAAAAACUUCAAAUUUCCCGCGCUCACGCUGGCGUUCAAGGGCACGAAGUUUUCACCCCCCCAGAAGAAUUACUUCGUGAUAGUCGACACGGCGGAGACGGUGGCGUGCCUGGCAAUGGGCGGCUCGGGUAGCCUCGGGCUGGGAAUCAUAGGGAAUCUCAUGCAGCAAAACUACCACGUGGUGUACGACCGCGGUACGAGCACCAUCUCUAUGUCCCCCGCGCAGUGCGACUCGUUAUAGCAGCUCCCGCACGAGGCCGCGUACGUGGUACCGCGCGGUGGUGGCGGUGGAGGCGGUGGUGCCGGUAUCGGCCCAAUAUAUUCUGGCGGUGCCGUACAGUGCCGUCGUGCAUUGUUCCAAGCGCUUCUCGUGGUAUAUGUAACUUUCAUAGCCUUAACCUUACAAGUGUGAUUGAGUUCUCACA